AUGUCUUCAUUUCAUCCAAUAAACCCGAAACCAUUUCUCAAAACACUCGUGAAUAAACAAGUUAUUGUACGUUUGAAAUGGAAUAAAACUUCAUAUAAGGGAACCCUUGUGGCAAUAGAUAACUACAUGAAUCUUCAAUUGGAAGAUACAUUUGAACUUUCAGAUGGAUCAGAAGAAGCUAUUGGUGAAAUAUUUAUUAGAUGUAAUAAUGUUUUGUUCAUACGAGAAGCCAAGAUUGUUGGAGACGAUAACGAAGUAAAAAAUGAAGAUACUGAAAUGGCAACCUAG